UUUAUUUUUUCUUUGGAGACAAAGAAAUUGCUCUUUGCCGGCACUUGCGGGGGAUGUUGGACUGUUCAAGCUGUGACAUUAGACAAAGUCACUUUCUGGGAGUAUUUGUUAUGCAUUGGUCUAUAAAUGUCUGUAUUUCGAAAAAUAUUAAGGCAUUGAACCUGAAUGUUAUGACGGGAGUUUGAUAAUUGAAGUUUAUUCGUUUGUACAGUAUUUGUGUUGACCGGUUCUGUUAAUGAUAGUGAGGUUAGCGUUUUGUUGAACUGAAUUGAAUUUGUUAAAAACGAGUUUUUGUUUACCAUGGAACUAACUGACGACAAUUUGAGAACAUUGUCGGAAUAUCUUAAGAAUACCUUGAAUCCUGACGUAAACGUGAGGAGACCAGCUGAGAGAUUCCUUGAAUCUGUUGAAGUAAAUCAAAACUAUGCUCUAUUACUACUUCAUCUUGUUGAUAAGCAAGAUGUUGAUAUCACUAUAAGAAUUGCUGGUGCUGUUGCUUUCAAAAAUUUUGUGAAGCGCAAUUGGGGCGUGGAUGAUGAUGCUGGAGACCGAAUUCAUGCUCAAGACCGUGAAUCAAUUAAGCGGCUUAUUGUUAACUUAAUGUUGAGUUCUCCUGAAGCAAUUCAGAAACAGUUGAGUGAAUCUGUGUCAAUAAUAGGAAAACAUGAUUUUCCUAACAAGUGGCCAGAUCUUUUAUCACAAAUGGUUGAAAAAUUUGCCACAGGUGACUUUCAUAUCAUCAAUGGAGUUUUGCACACCGCCCAUUCACUUUUCAAGCGCUACAGAUUUGAAUUCAAGUCUCAAGAGUUGUGGUCCGAAAUUAAAAUUGUUCUAGAGAAAUUUGCUAAACCACUUACAGAUCUUUUUGUGGCUACAGUUAAUCUAACCACUGUUCAUGCUGGUAAUAACGAAGCUCUGAAGGUUAUAUAUAACUCUCUUGUUAUUAUUUGCAAAGUAUUUUACUCUCUCAAUUUCCAAGAUUUGCCAGAAUUUUUUGAAGACAACAUGGAAACAUGGAUGACACAUUUUCACUCUUUACUUACAGCCGAUAUUACAUGUCUGAAAACAAGUGAUGAUGAAGAACCAGGUUUACUUGAACAAUUGAAAUCACAAUUGUGUGAUAAUGUGGCCUUAUAUGCACAGAAGUAUGAUGAAGAAUUUCAGCCUUACCUUCCACAAUUUGUAACAGCUGUGUGGAAUCUUCUCGUCUCCACAGGACUGCAGCCAAAAUAUGAUUUGCUUGUAAGCAAUGCUCUUCAGUUCCUAGCCACAGUUGCGGAUCGAUCUCAUUAUCGGCAUCUAUUUGAGGAUCCUGUGGUACUGGGAAGUAUUUGUGAAAAAGUGGUAAUACCUAAUAUGGAAUUCAGAGCAUCCGAUGAAGAGUUGUUUGAAGAUAAUCCUGAAGAAUACAUUCGUCGUGACAUUGAGGGCUCUGAUGUGGAUACUCGAAGAAGAGCUGCAUGUGAUUUAGUAAAAGUACUGUCAAGAUAUUUUGAAGCAAAGAUGAUGGAGAUAUUUGGUCAAUAUGUGCAGGUAAUGUUGCAAAAAUAUGCUGAGAAUCCAUCUCAGAAUUGGACAAGUAAAGAUGCAGCUGUGUAUCUUGUAACGUCGUUAGCAGCAAAAGGGCAAACUCAGAGGCAUGGCAUUACUCAGUCAAGCGAGUUGGUAAAUCUUCACGAGUUCGCUUCUCAACACAUUUUGCCUGAACUCCAGAAGGGUGAUGUUAACACCCUGCCAGUGUUGAAGGCCGAUGCGAUCAAGUACGUUAUGAUUUUCCGAACACUUCUGCCAAGGGAAAUGGUUGUUGGAGCACUUCCUCACUUAGUCAGUCAUCUUAAAGCAAGUAAUCAAGUGGUUCAUACAUACGCAGCAUGUGCCAUAGAGAAAAUUUUGGCAAAACGAGAAACUGAUGGAAAUCUAAUGAUUAAAGGAGAAGAGCUGGCACCACUUGCUUCAGAAUUGUUAAAUAAUUUGUUUGCAGCACUGGAUUUCCCAGGAUCUAAUGAAAAUGAGUAUGUGAUGAAAGCUGUUAUGCGGAGCUUCUCCACCCUUCAACAGCAGGUAGUGCCUUUCCUUGGAGAUCUCCUGCCAAAAUUGACAACAAAAUUGGCUUUGGUGGCACGUAAUCCUAGCAAACCUCAUUUCAACCACUAUCUUUUUGAGACAUUAAGUCUCUCCAUUAGAAUUGUUUGCACAUCAAACCAUAGUGCUGUAUCUUCAUUUGAAGAAGCUCUUUUUCCCAUUUUUCAAGGAAUUCUGCAACAAGAUGUGCAAGAAUUCAUCCCAUAUGUUUUCCAGUUGUUGGCUGUGUUAUUGGAAUUACAUGAUUCUGGAAAUGUACCUGAACCAUACAUGAUGCUCUUUCCAUGUCUUUUAGCCCCAGUUCUUUGGGAGCGUCCCGGCAAUAUCCAUCCUUUAGUCAGGUUGUUGCAGACUUUUGUAAGGCAAGGAGCACAGCAAAUUAGUGCUUCACAAAAAAUUACAAAUUUCUCUUCUAAAGCUGUGUCGUUGUAUUUUGACAUUUUUUCCUCAAUUUUGUUUGGAGAUGAUAAUGGUUUACUUGGAGUGUUCCAAAAACUGAUAGCUUCAAAAGUAAAUGACCAUGAAGGUUUCUACUUGAUACAGUGUCUUAUUGAAUACUUCCCUGUUGAAGCACUGUCACCGUAUAUGAAGCAAGUGUUUUUGUUAUUGUUUCAAAGACUUUCUUCCUCUAAAACUACAAAAUUUGUUAAAGGACUUUUGGUUUUCUUCUGUCUGUAUGCUGUUAAAAAUGGAGCAUCCAAUUUGAUAGCAAUAGUUGAUAGUAUUCAACCAGAAAUGUUUGGUAUGGUACUGGAACGACUUUUUGUACCAGAUGUACAGAAGGUAUCGGGUAAUGUUGAGAGGAAAAUAGUUGCUGUUGGCAUCACUAAGCUGCUUUGUGAAUGCCCUGAAUUGAUGGAUGGACCCUAUUCUCAAUUUUGGUCUCCUCUCCUUCAAGCUCUUAUUGGUGUUUUUGAAUUACCAGAAGAUGAUUCAUCAUUUCCUGAUGAUCACUUUGUUGAAGUGGAUGAUACCCCUGGCUAUCAAGCAGCUUAUUCUCAACUUGCCUUUGCGCAUAAAAAGGAUCAUGAUCCUCUGCAAGGUGUUCCUGAUGCAAGAUUACAUUUAGCUCAUAGUUUAUCAAAGUUAUCUGUUGCUUAUCCUGGAAGAAUGGCACCAUUACUUUGUAGCCUAGGUGAACCCCAUCAAUCUCAUUUGAAGAACUAUCUGGCUGGUGCUAGUGUCCAGCUUGCAUAAAACUGUGUAUUUACAAUUUAUACAAAUCAAAUUGGUUGUAAAAUUCUGUAUACAUUAUACAAGCACUGCAUUACAAUCGCUUUCUUAAUGAUUUUUUCACGGAAAGAAGCGACACAAUAUGGAGCAAGGAAAAUCAGCAAAUAAAGUUACAAUGCAUUCUUUCCUAGUUUCAUAUUUGUGUUUCUGGUAUGAAUGAAUCGUUUUUAUAGAUGGUAAAUGAGAAUGUGAGAAUAAAGUUGAUUUUUAAUUUUUA